AUGGCUCGCCGCCUACAGAGGAUCGUGCUAUCGCUCGCCGCCGCGACCACGCUCGGCGAUGAGCCGCACACGUCUCAGCCCUCGAGCCUCGCGGCGAUUGACAUGGCGGCCACGAAAGAGCUCGUGAUGAAGAACGAGAAGGUGGUGCUCCUGCUCCACACUAGAGGCUGCCAUCGCGCCGAGAGCUUCUCGCCGACGCUGGCGUCCGUGGCCGAGCGAGUGCCCGGGCUCGAGUUUGCCCGCCUGAGCCUCGAGCCUGAUGCGACCGACACGGGCGGCGGCUUUGCCAAGGGCGUCGAAGCGGGCCGGCCGAUGCUGAAGGCCUUCUUCCGCAACGCUCCGCCUGGCAAGCGUGUGCUGGAGUACGCAGGCCCGCCGAACGAGGCUGCUGUGCUGGAGUGGGCGAGGGCGGUCGACGCGUGGGACGGCAGCGACGCGCUCGCUGACGGGUGGGAGGUGGGCAAAGCGCCGGCAGAGGCCUCCGGAGGCAGCCCCUGCGUGGCUUCGGGCGGCGCAUUGCUGGUGGAGCGGAGAAACUUCUCGCAACGCGGCCGUUACUUUGCACCUUUCUUUACGCGCAUGAUGAUGGCCGGCGGCGCAUGGGCGCCGCGGAAGUUGCUCGACAGGCUGCGGGGGUGA